AUGAACGUCCUCCGCGCACACUCCACCUCCCUCGCCCGCCGUCUGCACGCCCGCACCGGCGCAGCUCUUCGCCGUACAACGCUCAGGCUGCUCUCCAACGACACCCGCUCCCGGGGCAGCGACGGCUCAGGCUCCCACAGGGAGCCGCUCUACAAAAGGCUCGCGGAUGCCUGGCAGAACACGCCCACGACGUGGUACCCUCUCCCCAUCGCCGCAGGCGCGCUUCUCCUCAUCUUCAUCCAAUACCGAAGGAAGUCUGCCACGAAGGAGGUCGUCGUAGACGAGCACGGGAAUGAGGUUAUCCGGUUGAAGGGCCCUUGGCACGUCCAUGUCAUCGGUGCCCUCCCCCUGCGCAACAUGUCCCGCCUCUGGGGGUACCUCAACUCCCUCGAACUCCCCGUCUGGGCUCGCCCUGUCGGCUUCCGCGUCUACGCCACCAUCUUCGGCUGCAAUCUCGACGAAGUCGAGCACGACCUCACCGAAUAUCGCUCGCUCGGCGACUUCUUCUACCGCCGACUCAAGGACGGCGUACGCCCCAUCGCCGACGCUGUACUCGUGAGCCCAGCCGACGGUCGCGUGCUCCACUUCGGCGUCAUCAAAGACGGGCGCAUCGAGCAAGUGAAGGGCAGCACGUACUCGCUCGACGCGCUCCUCGGCGUCGCGCGCCCGGGCAGCCCCGCGCCCGCCUCCGUCGCCUUCCCCAAGGACGACCUGCACGAAGUGAACCACAAGCACUUUGCCGACAUCAACGGCAUCGAGUACAGCCUGCACGAGCUGCUCGGCACGCCCACGCCCUCCACCUCGGGGACCUCCACGCCCACGACCGAGGCGCCGCCGCGCGCCCCCGCACCGAACACCCACAGCAGCACGAAGCACGGCGAGCGCGUCGACGCGUCUGUCCCGCGCGACCAGUCGCUGCCGGACGCGGUCGCGCAGGACGUGAGCCUCGCGUCCGAGGUCGGCAUCCGGCCGACGGCCGUGCGGCGCGACAGCUUCACGAGCGUGCGCACGAAGCCGGGCAACGACACGUUCUUCAUGGUCAUCUACCUCGCGCCGGGCGACUACCACCGCUUCCACUCGCCCGCGUCCUGGGUCGUCGAGCGUCGGCGGCACUUCGUCGGCGACCUGUUCUCCGUGUCGCCCUGGAUGGCGAAGCGGCUCGAGAACCUGUUCGUGCUCAACGAGCGCGUCGCGCUGCUCGGCCGCUGGCGGCACGGGUUCUUCAGCAUGGUCCCCGUCGGCGCGACGAACGUCGGGAGCAUCAAGAUCAACUUCGACACCGACCUGCGCACGAACGUCGGCCGCCGGCGCGACCACCCCGUCGGGACCUUCACCGAGGCCGUCUACGCGGGCGCGUCCCCUCUCCUCAACGGCCAGCCGCUCGCGCGCGGCGACGAGAUGGGCGGCUUCUGCCUCGGGAGCACGAUCGUGCUCGUCUUCGAGGCCCCGCACGACUUCGCGUUCGCCGUCGGCGCGGGCGAGAAGGUCAAGGUCGGGCAGGCGCUCGGCGACCUGCGGCCCAAGGAAAAGACGGAGUGA